CUUCUCAAGAUUGGUCCAGCACAACAGAUACUAUAAAAGAAAGAAAUUCCGGAGAGAGAGAGAGAGCGCAGUAAAGAUAUCAGACUUUCAGUUUCAGACAGCAAGCUAGAGAGACCAUCUUUGCCAUGGGGAGGCCAACUUCGACGGAGAAGCUGGUGUGCGUGGUCCUGGCGGUGCUGGCCGUGCUGUCGCCGCUGUACAUCGACCGGGAGCCGGCGGAGGAUGAGGAGGAUGAAGAGGAAGGUUGGGGCUUGCUGCUGCCGUCGGCGCUGUGGCUGCCGGGGCUGCUGAUGGUGCUCAUCCUGGCCAUCAACGUGGCGUGCUUCGUGGACCGGAGGGUCGUCAGGUUCGACCCCUACUGGAUACACCGCGUCGGGGGAUCCUCCUGCGGCCUCAUGGCCACGCUGCUGCUCCUCGGCUUCGUGCUCAAGUGCAAGGCCUCCUUCUAGAGACGACCUCGGCGUUGAUCUUACUCGAUCGGUCUCGGUGUUUUUUUCAGGUUCUUUUCCUUUUUUUUCUUUCAGAUGAUGAUCAUGCGUUUAGGAACGCUACAGGUCAUGUCUGGUCACUUCUUUUGUUUGGAACUUAACCCUGGUCUGAUCACUGGUUUACUUCUCUGCUCUGUGUCUUUGACUCUGGAGUAAGUGAGCUCUGUUCUUGUACUUGCUCAGACGUAUGCAUUUGAACUUUGAAGUGAUUCUGUCUCAAACUCUCACUUGAAAAA